GUGUGUCGCUGUGGAAGUCUCAUGCAUGUCCAUUGUAUGCGGUCAUGGCGAUUGCUCGGUCACAGCAGGCACUCUUCAUAUCCUUUAUCCUUAUUGAAGGGAUUUACUCUUGAGCACCUGAAAGUGUCAUAUGUAUGCACGCGCACUGCAGCAGUCAAUUUAGCUUGGAAUGCUGUUGCAGGGAGUGGUUCACUCAUUAACCUUGGAAGAUCCAACACACUGGGGUUGUUGUGGAGGUCAUUGGUUGUAACGUGUCCGUUUGUCCCCAGGAGGACCAGGAAAAUCUACUGGGGGACUUCUCCAUUUACACCAGUGAUCACCAUGCCUCAGUUAAAAUCUGUAGAUAUGGGCUCUGCCUUCAUCCAGACACAGCAGCUCAACGCUGCCAUGGCUGACACCUUCCUGGAACACAUGUGCCUGCUAGACAUCGACUCAGAGCCCACCACCGCACGCAACACAGGCAUCAUCUGCACCAUUGGGCCAGCCUCCCGUUCGGUGGAUAUGCUGCAAGAGAUGAUCAAGUCUGGAAUGAACAUUGCUCGCUUGAACUUCUCCCAUGGCUCUCAUGAGUACCAUGCAGAGACCAUCAAGAACGUGCGUGAGGCAUGUGAGAGCUUUGAGCCUGGCAGUAUCCAAUACAGGCCUAUCGGCAUUGCCCUGGACACCAAGGGCCCAGAGAUCAGGACUGGCCUCAUCAAGGGAAGCGGCACCGCUGAGGUGGAGCUGAAGAAGGGCAACAUGAUCAAGAUAACCUUGGACGAUUCUUAUCAGGAGAACUGCAGUGAGGAGGUCCUCUGGCUCGACUACAAGAACAUUACCAAAGUGGUGGAAAUUGGUAGCAAGAUAUACAUUGACGACGGACUCAUAUCCCUGCAGGUCAAGGAAAUUGGUUCCGAUUUCCUCAUGUGUGAGAUUGAGAAUGGUGGCACCCUGGGUAGCAAGAAGGGCGUGAACCUCCCCGGUGCUGCUGUAGACCUGCCUGCAGUUUCAGAAAAGGACAUCCAGGACCUUCAGUUUGGCUUGGAGCACGGCGUGGACAUGGUCUUUGCCUCCUUCAUCCGCAAAGCAGCAGAUGUACACGCUGUCCGAGCAGUGCUGGGAGAGAAAGGCAAAGACAUCAAGAUCAUCAGCAAGCUUGAGAACCACGAGGGUGUACGCAGAUUUGAUGAGAUCAUGGAGGCCAGCGAUGGCAUCAUGGUGGCCCGUGGUGACCUGGGAAUUGAGAUCCCCACAGAAAAGGUUUUCCUAGCCCAGAAGAUGAUGAUCGGUCGCUGCAACAGAGCUGGCAAGCCGAUCACAUGUGCAACUCAGAUGUUGGAGAGCAUGAUCAAGAAGCCCCGACCCACCCGUGCUGAGGGCAGUGACGUAGCCAACGCCGUGUUGGACGGAGCCGACUGCAUCAUGCUGAGUGGAGAGACUGCUAAGGGAGAUUACCCUCUGGAGGCAGUACGCACACAGCACAUGAUAGCACGAGAGGCCGAGGCGGCCACCUUCCACCGACAGCAGUUUGAGGAGCUGAGGAGACACUCCCAACUGACCAGAGACCCCUCCGAGGCCGUAGCUGUUGGUGCCGUUGAGUCGGCCUUCAAAUGCUGCGCUAGUGCCAUGAUUGUUCUCACCAAGACUGGGAGGUCCGCCCACCUGAUCUCCAGGUACAGGCCCCGUGCCCCCAUCCUCGCUGUGACCCGUAACGCCCAGACGGCUCGCCAAGCCCACCUGUACCGCGGCAUCUUCCCCGUCCUCUACACCAAGCCCGCCCACGACGUGUGGGCAGAGGACGUUGACAUGCGCGUCAACUUUGCCAUGGAUAUGGGCAAGGCCCGAGGCUUCUUCAAAGUGGGAGAUGUCGUCAUCGUCUUGACCGGCUGGCGCCCAGGCUCCGGUUACACCAACACCAUGCGCGUAGUUCUGGUUGCCUGAACAGCCAAACAGGGCUGCUCUGCUUUCUCCCGCCACCUUCAUCUAUCUUUCAUAGCGCUCCACCCCACACUCCACUGCAGCUCACAGCCCUUCUCAUCCAACACCCGGGCUCACAAACUCAAUCCCUGACCAAUUAAUCAUUUAGGCAAUAAUGCAAAGAAAAUAGAAUAUAGUCUUCAUGGCCAAGGUGCUGUUUUGGGUGGGAGUGAAGGCUACAAUUCCACAUUAUGUCUCAAUUUGUUUUUCAUUUAUUUGUCUCAGUCAAACCAGUCUACAGGGCCUCAGAUUAAUACACCCUGACCAAAAACUGCUGUAUUUAUUCACUCAAACACUUGUAUUACUAAAGGUGAACCAGUCUGAGAGUGAAUGCAUCCCGGUCUGUGUGCAUGUGCAUACUGGCUCUUGUUUAGGUGGAGUUGGUGUUAGGGCAGGCUGAUGUUACCAGAGCACCUUCGGUACUGUACCAGUUUACUAAUCGCACUGCUCUGCCGAUAUAACGAACAAACGUGGCAUCCUAAAUCUAAGGGCUCCUCCCACAGAGCAGCCUUGGCUCUAACUUUCCACCCAAACGGAUCCUUCUGUAGUGGUUUCUGUAUGAAGUGUCCCUUCUCUAUGCCAGCUAUCACUGUAUUGUAAGUGUAUCUGUAAGUGUUGCACUCCUAAUCUCCUCCAGACACUGUUACAUUCAAUAUUAUACUUGACUUGGUAAAGUAUUUCGUUUUGGGACAUCCAAUACUACUUAUAUUUUGUCUGACAAUAGAGAAAUGUUAGUUUUGGAUGUCCACCUCAGUGGUGUUUGAGCUAGUUACUGUAUUUGUUUUAUUAGAUGCAUCAUAAAGCCUUUACCUUUUUUAUUUGCAUUUCUAAGAUGACAUUUGUGUAUGGUUCACUAAAGUUGACUGAUAUUAUUGAGCACUUUUAGGGUUUUUUCAAAGGGGACCUGGUGAAGGGUUGACACCCUGUCCCUCUCAACCACAGUGGGUGAGCGGUAGAACCCCUCUGCUUGUCCUUCCCCUUUUAUGUUGGUGACCCACUGUAGCUGUCUUCAUGUGUCUAACAUGCUUCUGAUUGUAAUAAUGGAGUGUAAGAACUAACUAAAUGUAAAGUUAUGUUUUAGCUGUUGUACUGAGCUGUCUGAAAAGACUGGAUUUCCAUCAAUAAAAGAGAUGAGCACUUACCUUAA